AUGCAAGAUCGUGAACAAGAAGCCGAUACUUUGUUAUUAUGUCGUCGGUUGUAUCAACAAUUUUUGGUUGACGGUUACACUAUGAUUGAGGCAGAGAGGCUCUCCUUUCUAAAGAAUAACCAACAAAGUUUAAGAUCAGAUAAUGUGAAGAAUUUAAGAGGGGCUGUGGAAAGAGGUGAUACAGAGGGAUCUUCCAAUGGCGAGUUGCUUGAUACCACCGUCAUUCACAGAAAUAAGCAGAUUCUUCAAAAAGGGGGACUUAGACCCGAGGACAGACCGGAUAUCAUCUGUCGAGUCUUUAAAAUGAAGCUCGACCAAUUGGUUAAAGACCUAAAGGAGAAUGAGAUAUUUGGCCGAGUUAAAGCUGCAAGCGAUAUUGACAAGAUUAUAUGCGCUGAGUUACCAGAUCCAAUUGAGGAUCCGAAUUUGUAUGAGACUGUUACGAAAAUGAUGCUACAUGGUCCAUGUGGUUCCUCCAACACUAAUGCACCUUGCAUGGAUCAAAAUAAGUGCACAAAGCAUUUUCCUAAAAGAUUUAUUGACGAAACAAAGGUUGAUGAGGAAGGAUAUCCAGUUUAUAGAAGAAGAGAUAACGGAACCUCGGUUGAGAAGAACGGAGUGCAUCUUGAUAAUAGGUUUGUUGUUCCUUAUAAUCCACAACUGCUUCAACAAAAUAGCUGCGAUGAUCCACAAAAGAUUGAUGAGAUUAAAAUGUAUUACGACUGCCGUUACAUAUCUGCUUGUGAGGCAGUGUGGAGGAUAUAUGGAUUUCCUAUUCACUAUCGAACCCCUGCUGUUGAGAGAUUGAGUUUCCAUCUACCUGGGGAGCAAACGGUCGUCUACACUGACCAGAUGGACGUGGGAGAUGUACUUGAUAGACCUAAUGUUGAUAGCACAAAGUUUUUAUCGUGGAUGGAAUGCAACCAAAAGUAUGAAGAAGCAAGACAGUUGACUUAUGUAGAGUUCCCCGAAAUUUGUUUGGAAACAACCUACGCGAGAAUGGCACCUAGGUCGAAAGGGUUCGCACUUGGCAGGGUAUACCAUGUCGCUCCAGGUUCUGAUUUAACUCUAACGGAUGAACAAAUUCAAGCUUUUGCACUGGCAGAUAUUGAAGCUAAACUGCAAAGUAAUGGUAGUAGCCUUCGAAAAUUCAGUGAGAUGCCUUUUCCAGAGAAUUAG